GUUCACAGUGGGACAGCAAAACUGGGUCUGAACCUGUUCGCAUUCUGUGUUUACACACACGCACUUUCCAGCUGGAGUAACUGGGCACCAAUCAGGUGUCAGAAUGAUCGAUGGUUUAUUCUCCCAGUCCAGAACAGAGACCGUUUCUAACACCCAACUGCUGCCCUAACUGAGCUCAGUAACUCAGUAGGAAUGGAAGCUGGGAUCUUCCUGUGCUGUGAGGUUCAGAGUUAAAUCACAUGGAGCCUUUACCCAUUGAACCACCAGAGGGGAUGAAUUCAUCAUUUAAAAAUGUGAAGGAAUGUCAGAGUGGAAGCCACGACUGUCACAGCUCAGCCUCCUGUUUCAACAGCCCUGGCUCUUUCCAAUGUGUGUGUAAGGCUGGAUAUACUGGAGAUGGAAGGAAUUGUACAGAUAUGAAUGAAUGUCAAAGUGGAAGCCAUGACUGUCACAGCUCAGCCUCAUGUUUCAACAGCCCCGGCUCUUUCCAAUGUGUGUGUAAGGCUGGACAUACUGGAGAUGGAAGGAAUUGUGCAGAUGUGGAUGAAUGUUUACAGAACAAUGGUGGCUGCUCCCAGCGCUGUGUGAACAUGAUGGGCAGUUACCAGUGUCGCUGUCACCCAGGAUACACCUUGAGACCGGGAAACAAAACAACCUGCACAGAUGUCAAUGAGUGUGUAAAUCCAGUAAUGAAUCAGUGUGACCCAAACGCUCACUGCCUGAACUCCGAUGGUUCCUACCGCUGUGAGUGCAAAUCCUAUUACAGAGGGAAUGGGACACACUGCGAAGGUUGCUUUUGCCCACCAGAAAUUAUACCAGGAACAGCGGAGCAGCCGGCUCUUUCAGGGAAUCCCUGUCCCUGUGUAUCUGGCCUUAUUGUAUCCAAUAACUUCCCGAGUCUGUACCAGAAUAGUGCAGACAUGCACUGGUUCUUCAACAUGACCCAGUUGUCUAACUCCACUCAUCUAUAUAAAGGAAUCCAAUUCAGGGUGGAGUCACUAUCUGUGGAAUCCCAGGAUGAUCACAUCUCCUUUGGCUGUGGAACUGAUCCCGAUCGACACAAGCAGUUCACACUGUCAGAAAAACACUUGAACAUCACCAUCUUUUACCUCUCUAAUUGCACGGAUGCCUGGGUCCAUUUCCACUCUGGCCCUAACGUGCCGAACACGAGAUUCAAAAUCUAUUAUGAAAUGGUGCCGGGCCUCUGCCAGAACCUGAGUUGUGAUGUAAAUGCAGUAUGUAGCACGGACAGCUCCGGGUACCUGGCAUGUACCUGCAGGCCAGGCUGGAGGAGAUCAGGUGGCAGAUGUUACGAUCUCAGGAACAUGGUACAAACUGUAACAGCCAAUAUCACAGGACCCAAUGUGACGUUGAAAUGGAUCACUGUGCCAAUACCAGGAACCGAGAUUCUCAACUACCAAAUUAAUACCAACUGCACAAACCACACCAAUGGGAUCCUCCAGCUGCAAAACCACCAGCCUGGAAACACCACCAGUUUAGGUUUAACUGGUCUGGGCCCUCUGUCAAUGUGUACCACUGUGAUCCAGGUAAACAUCUCCUCAGAUGGGCUGGUGACCACGCAACCUUUUACCUUCAGGACCUACUCUGAAACGAUUCCAGGUACUCUGAGUUUAACAUCCAUCUCCACCACGAGUGCUGUGAUCUCAUGGGUCCGUCUUGGGAAUGCGAGUGGUCUGAGGGACUGCAGUGUGCGUUACUACAGCAGUGGGACACCCAACACUGUUCACACUGCCAGCCUCGCCUCAGCCAGUAGAGAGUUACUGAUCACAGGUUUGGAACCAGGCACAACUUACACCAUGUACAUUCAAUGUGACUCUCCCUUUAACUGGACACUCAGCUCCCAGUCUCUUAAUGUCACUACUCUCCCACCUUCGAGAUUCCUCAGCAACAUCCAGGCUUCCCAUAUAACCUCAUCUACUGCUGUGAUUAGCUGGGAUCCAUCCAUCUCAGAUGCUGCCCUGGUUUUGUCCUACUCCAUUAACUAUGGCCCCUCUGGUAGUGACAGACCCAUGAAGAAUAUAAUUGUUUUCCCUCCAAAUACCAGUGUGACCCUCACAGAUCUGAAUCAGUCAACUCCAUACAUUGUCACUGUUCUUGUGAAGACAUCCUUUGAAGAAGAAGACCCUGGUUCAACGCUGUAUUUUAAAACAGAAAGCUUUAUUGGCGUGUGCCUCAACAAUCCAUGUGGACCCAAUGCCUCCUGUACCCAGCAGGACGGAAGCUUCAGAUGCUCCUGUGUGACUGGCUACACCUGGAAUGCAUCUGUCUGUACAGAUGUGAAUGAAUGUCAAAGUGGAAGCCACGACUGUCACAGCUCAGCCUCCUGUUUCAACAGCCCCAGCUCUUUCCAAUGUGUGUGUAAGGCUGGACAUACUGGAGAUGGAAGGAAUUGUACAGAUGUGAAUGAAUGUGAAAGUGGAGACCAUGACUGUCACAGCUCAGCCUCCUGUUUCAAUAGCCCCGGCUCUUUCCAAUGUGUGUGUAAGGCUGGACAUACUGGAGAUGGAAGGAAUUGUACAGAUGUGGAUGAAUGCUUACAGAACAAUGGCGGUUGCUCCCAGCGCUGUGUGAACACGAUGGGCAGUUACCAAUGUCGCUGUCACCCAGGAUACACCUUGAGACCCGGAAGCAGAACAACCUGCACAGAUGUCAAUGAGUGUGUGAAUCCAGCAAUGAAUCGGUGUGACCCAAACGCUCACUGCCUGAACUCCAAUGGUUCCUACAGCUGUGAAUGCAAAUCCUAUUACAGAGGGAAUGGGACACACUGUGAAGGUUGCAUUUGCCCACCAGAAAUUAUACCAGGAACAGCGGAUCAGCCGGCUCUUUCAGGGAAUCCCUGUCCCUGUGUAUCUGGCUUUAUCAUAUCCAAUAACUUCCCGAGUCUGUACCAGAACAGUGCUGACAUGUACUGGUUCUUCAACAUGGCCCAGUUGUCUAAUUCCACUCAUCAAUAUAAAGGAAUCCAAUUCAGGGUGGAGUCACUAUCUGUGGAAUCCCAGGAUGAUCACAUCUCCCUUGGCUGUGGAACUGAUCCCGAUCGACACAAGCAGUUCACACUGUCAGAAAAACACUUGAACAUCACCGCCUUUUACCUCUCUAAUUGCACGGAUGCCUGGGUCCAUUUCCACUCUGGCCCUAACGUGCCGAACACGAGAUUCAAAAUCUAUUAUGAAAUGGUGCCAGGCCUCUGUCAGAACCUGAGUUGUGAUGUAAACGCAGUAUGUAGCACAGAUAGCUCCGGGUACCUGGCAUGUACCUGCAGGCCAGGUUGGAGGAGAUCACGUGGCAGAUGUUAUGAUCUCAGGAACAUAGUACAAACUGUAACAGCCAAUGUCACAGGACCCAAUGUCACAUUGAAAUGGAUCACUGUGCCAAUACCAGGAACCAAGAUUCUCAACUACCAAAUUAAUACCAACUGCACAAACCACACCAACAAGAUCCUCCAAUUGCAAAAUUACCAGCCUGGAAAUGCCACCAGUUUAGUUUUAACUGGUCUGGGAUCCCUGUUGGUGUGCACCACUGUGAUUCAGGUAAACACCUCCUCAGAUGGCCUGGUGACCAGUCGGCCUUUUACCUUCAGGACCUACUCUGAAAUGAUUCCAGGCACUCUGAGUUUAACAUCCAUCUCCACCACCAGUUCUGUGAUCUUGUGGGUCCCUCUUGGGAAUGCGAGUGGUCUGAGGGACUGCAGUGUGCGUUACUACAGCAUUGGGACACCCAACACUGUUCACACUGCCAGCCUCGCCUCAGGCAGUAGAGAGUCACUGAUCACAGGUUUGGAACCAGACACAACUUACAUCAUGUCCAUUGAGUGUGACUCUCCCUUUUACUGGACACUCAGCUCCCAGUCUCUUAAUGUCACUACUCUCCCACCUUCAAGAUUCCUCAGCAACAUUCAGGCUUCCCAUAUAACCUCAUCUACUGCUAUGAUUAGCUGGGAUCCACCCACCUCAGAUGCUGCCCUGGUUUUGUCCUACUACAUUAACUAUGGUCCCUCUGGUAGUGACAGACCCAUGAAGAAUAUAAUUGUUUUCCCUCCAAACACCAGUGUGACCCUCACAGAUCUGAUCGAGUCAACCCCAUACGUUAUCACUGUUUCUGUGAAGACAUCCUUUGAAGAAGAGGACCCUGGUUCAAAGCUGUAUUUUAAAACUGAAACCUUUAUUGACGUGUGUCUCAACAAUCCGUGUGGACCCAAUGCCUCCUGUACCCAGCAGGACGGAAGCUUCAGAUGCUCCUGUGUGACUGGCUACACCUGGAAUGGAUCUGUCUGUACAGAUGUGAAUGAAUGUCAAAGUGGAAGCCAUGACUGUCACAGCUCAGCCUCCUGUUUCAACAGCCCCGGCUCUUUCCAAUGUGUGUGUAAGGCUGGAUAUACUGGAGAUGGAAGGAAUUGUACAGAUGUGAAUGAAUGUCAAAGUGGAAGCCACGACUGUCACAGCUCAGCCUCCUGUUUCAACAGCCCCGGCUCUUUCCAAUGUGUGUGUAAGGCUGGAUAUACUGGAGAUGGAAGGAAUUGUACAGAUGUGGAUGAAUGUUUACAGAACAACGGCGGCUGCUCCCAGCGCUGUGUGAACAUAGUGGGCAGUUACCAGUGUCGCUGUCACCCAGGAUACACAUUGAGACCCGGAAGCAGAACAACCUGCAAAGAUGUCAAUGAGUGUGUGAAUCCAGUAAUGAAUCAGUGUGAUCCAAACGCUCACUGCCUGAACUCCAAUGGUUCCUACCGCUGUGAGUGCAAAUCCUAUUACAGAGGGAAUGGGACACACUGCGAAGGUUGCUUUUGCCCACCAGAAAUUAUACCAGGAACAGCGGAUCAGCCAGCUCUUUCAGGGAAUCCCUGUCCCUGUGUAUCUGGCUUUAUCGUAUCCAAUAACUUCCCGAGUCUGUACCAGAACAGUGCAGACAUGUACUGGUUCUUCAACAUGGCCCAGUUGUCUAAUUCCACUCAUCAAUAUAAAGGAACCCGAUUCAGGGUGGAGUCACUAUCUGUGGAAUCCCAGGAUGAUCACAUCUCAUUUGGCUGUGGUACUGAUCCCGAUCAACACAAGCAGUUCACACUGUCCGAGAAAGAUUUGAGCAUCACCACCUUUCACCUCUCUAAUUGCACGGAUGCCUGGGUCCAUUUCCACUCUGGCCCAAAUGUGCCAAACACAAGAUUUAAAAUUUAUUAUGAAAUGGUGCCGGGCCUCUGCCAGAACCUGAGUUGUGAUGUAAAUGCAGUAUGUAGCACAGACAGCUCCGGGUACCUGGCAUGUACCUGCAGGCCAGGCUGGAGGAGAUCAGGCGGCAGAUGUUAUGAUCUCAGGAAUGUGGUACAAACUGUAACGGCCAACGUCAUAGGACCCAAUGUGACAUUGAAAUGGAUCACUGUGCCAAUACCAGGAACCGAGAUUCUCAACUACCAAAUUAAUACCAACUGCAUAAACCACACCAACGGUAUCCUCCAGCUGCAAAAUCACCAGCCUGGAAACGCCACCAGUUUAGUUUUAACUGGUCUGGGCUCUGUGUUGGUGUGCACCACUGUGAUCCAGGUAAACACCUCCUCAGAUGGGCUGGUGACCAGUCAGCCUUUUACCUUCAGGACCUACUCUGAAAUGAUUCCAGGCGCUCUGAGUUUAACAUCCAUCUCCACCACCAGUGCUGUGAUCUCGUGGGCCCCUCUUGGGAGUGCGAGUGGUCUGAGGGACUGCAGUGUGCUUUACUAUGGCAUUGGGACACCCAACACUGUUCACACUGCCAGCCUCGCCUCAGCCAGUAGAGAGUCACUGAUCACAGGGUUGGAACCAGACACCACUUACACCGUAUUCAUUGAGUGUGACUUGCCCUUUAACUGGACACUCAGCUCCCAAUCUCUUAAUGUCACUACUCUCUCAUCUUCGAGAUUGCUCAGUAACUUGAAGGCUUCCCAUAUAACCUCAUCUACCGCUGAGAUUAACUGGGAUCCAUCCAACUCAGAUGCUGUCUUGGUUUUGUCCUAUUCUAUCAUCUAUGGUCCCUAUGGUAGUGCGAGACCCAAGAACAACAUAAUUGUUUUCUCCUCAAUAGGCAGUGUGAUCCUCACAGAUCUGAAUGAGUUAACUCCAUAUGUUGUCACUGUUUCUGCAAAAACAUUCUUUGGAGUAGAGGAUACUGGUUCAAUGUUGAAGUUUACAACUCAAAGCUUUACUGUUCAACCAAAUGGGACCCCAGCAGCACCUCAGGAAGUGAAGGUGGGCGAGUUUGAGUCAUACUGUGUUCUUGUCAGCUGGAAGUCACCUUCAGACCCCGCGAAUGAAACGAUACAGUACAAUGUUAACGUCCAGAACAAUGCCUCCUCAUCUGUGCAAUACACAACAAACACGAACUAUAUCUACUUACGAAACUUGCAUCCUAAACACACCUAUAACAUCAGCGUGUCUGCAGUGAACAGCCAAGGCAGAGGGCUGCCCAGCGAGGAGCUGUCUGUCAGACUGUUGGAAAAGCAGGAAUCUAAAACAGUGCAAAAGCUAAAACCAAGGUUACUGAUCAAUGAGGAUGUCUCUAUAAGGGCAUCAAGCAUCAUUUUGAAACUACCAGACUGCGGGGUAUUUGAUGCAGCUGCAAAACAGCUGGAUACAUCAUACGGUCGCCUCUCGAUCUAUGUUGUUGUUGCACAGAAUGAAGUUGCCUACAGAAAUUUUACCCUCCUGUCCUUGAGUGCAGUCAACGGGGACUACAAUCAAACUGACUCAGAACGGCAAAGUCCGUAUGUUGCACAGCAACACUUCUCUGUGUAUGAUUGUGACAAUGGAAAGCGUCUGGAACCUUCAAAGAAUAUGCUGUACUACGUGGUGGGCUCCAAUAGCACAUGCCAUUCAGUGAAGGGUACAUGUAACAAGCAACUGCUCUCUAACACAACCUACAGAAUCAAGUACCUUCUGGUUGAUCAACAUAGAGGGGAGAUCAUGAGCAGCAAUUGGUCAGAUAAAUUCCGGACCAAAAGAGUUAUCCCGUACCAACUCCUGGAGGAGGAUUGGCAACGCUCAGCAGGAAUGAUUGUCAUCACGGUCCUAUCAUCGAUUUUCUCCUGUCUCCUAUUUCUUGGCCUCCUCUUUAUAUGCUGCUACAGGAGGAAAAGGACUGGAAUAAUGAAGAAUAAUUGGAUGGGGUACGAUACACAUUUUAAAAAUGACAAUUACAGGAAGAAUAUACUUGCAGCAAUGGGAGAAAGACCGCAAAAUGAGAAAGCCAAAAGCACUUUGUUCUUUCUGCAGCCCCAGGACCAAUGUUCUAAUGAGGACAAUACUUUCAGAUCCUGGAGCAUUCCAGAAUACCACAGUGUUUACGGGGAGAAGGGGCUGCCAAUAACCCGAGGAAUACACUCUGACUUUCUGUCAUUUGACUGUGUCUCCCCACCCUUGGAUACAGGCCUAACAGCACACAAGAGUGCUUACAGAGAUAGCAGGCAGAAUGCAACCCAAAGGAUGGGCUCUGGAGGUCUGCCAUUCAGUUACAUCUCCACACCCUCUGAUGAAGGCCUGAUGUUUCAGAAGAGAUCCAGUGGCUUAGUUCAGAAUGGAUUAGCACAGAAUCGAUUGGUUCAAACUGGAUUGGUACAGACUGGAUCAUCUCGGACUGGAUCAGCCCAGACUCGGUUGUUACGGAAUGGAUUGGUUCAGCCUGGAUUGGCACAAACUGUGUUAGCACAACAUGGAUCAGUUCAGGCUGGAUCAGCAGAGCAUGGAUCAGUUCAAUCAGUACAGAGCGGAUUGUUUCAGACUGGAUUAGAGCAGAAUAGAUUGAUACAGACUGAACCAACGCAAACUGCAUCAGUACAAAUUGGACCAGUACAGCAUGGAUUGGUACGGAAUGGAUUGUUUCUGACUGGAGUUGUACAGCACACUGGCACUGGUGUGGUGAAAUCUGCCAACAGGAAUUCCACUGGCUUAGCCCCGACCAGCUCAGUGCAAGCUGCCAUGAUACAGAAUGGCAUGGUGCAGAAUCGAUUUGUUCAGACUGACCCGAUAUGGAAUGAAUCAGUCCAGACUGGUACGAUGCAAUCUGACAGCAGAUUCAGUGAUAAAUCUAGCUUGGUUGAGUCAAUAAGGAGCAAAUCAUCAACAAGUUUCCUGCAGUCUACCAACAGGAAUUCCACUGGCUUAGCCCCGACCAGCUCAGUGCAAGCUGCCAUGAUACAGAAUGGCAUGGUGCAGAAUCGAUUUGUUCAGACUGACCCGAUAUGGAAUGAAUCAGUCCAGACUGGUACGAUGCAAUCUGACAGCAGAUUCAGUGAUACAUCUAAUUUGGUUGAGUCAAUAAGGACAAGGGGAACAGAAAACUGGAAUCCUUCUCACAGAUGGAGCAAAUCAUCAACAAGUUUCCUUCAGUCUACCAGCAGGAAUUCCACUGGCUUAGCCCCGACCAGCUCAGUGCAAGCUGCCAUGAUACAGAAUGGCACGGUGCAGAAUCGAAUUGUUCAGACUGACCCGAUAUGGAAUGAAUCAGUCCAGACUGGUACGAUGCAAUCUGCCAACAGAUUCAGUGAUACAUCUAAUUUGGUUGAGUCAAUAAGGAGCAAAUCAUCAACAAGUUUCCUUCAAUCUACCAACAGAAUUCAAGUUGUUUCAUCUACUUCAUCAGCCUGCAGUGGAAUCAGUAAUGAAUGAACAUCGAUCCAAGUCUCAAUGCAAGUUGAAGAUUGUACAAGAUCUGUAUAUUUUGCAGGGGUUUGGGGACGCAGGGAGCAGGGUAGUUGAAAACAUUGUUUAAAUUAUGCUAUUGAAUACAUAACUUCCUCAGCAAUUGAGAUCUAUAACGAUGGCAAAUUGAAAAACAGCAUAUAUUUAUACUCAUUUUGAUGGAAAUAAUUGGCAACCAUAGCUAGCUAUCAUGGUGAACAUAUAUUUUUACUGCACUAUAUUGAAAUUGUUUUGAGUUUGUAUAUUAUCUUAUAAGUUAGAAUAAAAUCUUCUGUUGAUGCUAUAAUUUAA